UCCUGUUCGCAGCCUCCGAGGCGGGACCGGGAAGAGACCCGGUCUCCUGCUCUACCUCUCAGCGCGGUUGUUGGCCCGCGGCCACAGUAUCCAGCUGCUGGAGAGCGGGAUCAACCCCAGGACGUCGGGUUGCUGCCGAGAAGGGAUCUCAUUAUAUUGCCCAGACAAGUCUUGAACUCCUGGCGUUGAGUGAUUCCCCCACCGCGGCCUCCCAAAGUGCUGGCUAGGAUUACAGACAUAAUGUCAAGUGGAAAUGAUCGGCAAUCAGGGGCUCUUAGCAAACCCACUUUCAGUGAGGAACAAGCUUCUGCACUAAUGGAGUCCGUGUUCGGGCUGAAAGCUUCCAGGGUCCAGGCACUUCCUAGCUAUGAUGACCAAAACUUUCAUGUCUACAUCACAAAAACCAAAGACAGCCCAACUGAAUACGUCCUCAAAAUAAGCAACACCGAGACUAGCAAGAAUCCAGACCUGGUUGAAGUGCAGAAUCACAUCGUCAUGUUUCUGAAAGCAGCUGGAUUUCCAACAGCCUCUGUGUGUUGCACUAAAGAAGACAGCACAACUUCGCUUGUGUCUGUAGAUAGUGGCUCUGAAAUCAAAAGCUACUUGGUGAGGCUGCUGACUUACCUCCCAGGAAGACCCAUCGCUGAGAUUCCCAUCAGCCCCCAGCUAUUGUAUGAAAUUGGAAAGCUAGCUGCCAACUUGGAUAAGUCACUGGAGAAAUUCCAUCACCCAAAGCUAAGUAGUCUUCAUCGGGAGAACUUCAUCUGGAAUCUGAAAAAUGUUCCUCUUCUGGAGAAAUACCUGUAUGCCCUGGGCCAGAAUCGAAACCGAGAGAUUGUCGAGCAGGUCAUUCAUCUGUUCAAGGAAGAAGUAAUGACCAAAUUAAGUCAUUUUCGAGAAUGUAUCAAUCACGGAGAUCUUAAUGACCACAAUAUUUUAACGGAGUCCAGCAAGUCAGCCUCUGGAGCUACUGAAUAUAAGGUGUCUGGGAUUUUAGACUUUGAUGACAUGAGCUACGGCUACUAUGUGUUUGAAGUGGCAAUUACCAUCAUGUACAUGAUGAUUGAAAGCAAGAGUCCUAUACAAGUAGGAGGUCACGUCCUUGCAGGGUUUGAAAGUGUCACCCCACUGACAGCUGUAGAGAGGAGUGCUUUGUUUUUACUUGUAUGCAGUCGUUUUUGUCAGUCGCUUGUCAUGGCCGCAUACUCUUGCCAGCUAUACCCAGAGAACAAAGACUAUCUCAUGGUUACUGCAAAAACUGGCUGGAAACACUUACAGCAAAUGUUUGACAUGGGUCAGAAAGCUGUAGAAGCAAUCUGGUUUGAAACUGCCAAAUCCUAUGAAUCUAGGAUCUCCAUGUGACUGAGAUCUCCACGUGACUAAAAGUUCACUCUAACUUGGGUAAUUAAAAUAGGAACAAAUCAAAUUUUAGGAAGGAUUUUGCUGCACAGUUAAAAAUCAGUUGAUGGAAUGGAUCAGUUCUGACUAAGAGCGCAUGAAAUCUCAUGACGGUUUUUUAAAACUCACCAAAGUACCACGAGUAAGCAUAUUUUUAUGAGAGUCUCACUUGCCAUGUCUAUAAAUCACGCAUAAUGGUACCAUUUGAAUCAGAUAAAUCUAGCAAGAUCUGUUCCAGCCCUGGGAUUAAUGACUUUUUUAAACUUUAAAAAUGAUAUAUAUAUAUAUUUGUAGACAGAUAUAGUGACAUAUUUUAAAUAUCUGGAUAUAACAUACUCAUCUAGCUAACAUACUACCAGUUCUAUGAAACCUCCUCUCAUCUCUCCUUUCUCUAGAAUCCCAGUGCACUGUGUCUUUUUCGUGGCCCAUCACUUUGUAUAAUGGAUCAUGGUUGUGCAGUCCUCUUGCCCGAGAGCCGUUUGAGGGCAGAGACCAUGUGAAACUUACUUUUGUCUCCUCAUCCCUUCUUAUCACACCUGCUACUAUAGUGCCUUUCCCACAGAGAGCUCUUUAAAAAUAUCUGAAAAUAAAUAUGUGCUAGAAGAAAGGAUGGAGAAGGCACACACUAAGGUGUUGUAGGAGAAAGCACAGCCAGCAUCUUGGAGAAAAUUUUUAACUUGUUUGAGAGGGUAGCUGAAAGUAGAACUCCAGAGGUAGGUGGCAGAAGACCCUGGAACUGCAAGGAAGCAAAUAAUGACAUCCAGGCAAGGCCACUAACCCCUGAGCUACCUAAGUAUAAUGGUUACUUUCAGACUGAUACUAGGAACCUCCUUAAGCAUAGCUGUUUAAAUUCUCUGUUAUUUGCUUAUUUUUGUAUGACUGUGAAGGAGAUUGGGUAGACUGAAGCUCACUGUAUACUUGGCUCAAGUUAUUUCACUGUGUUUCCUUCACUGAUUUCUCUUCAUGUCUCCUUUAGCAUGAUAUAGUAAAUGGCUAUUUACUAUUUUUUUUUUUUUUUGAGACGGAGACUGGCUCUGUUGCCCAGGCUGGAAUACAGUGGCGUGAUCUCCGCUCACUACAACCUCUGCCUCCCAGGUUCAAGUGAUUCUCCUGCAUCAGUCUCCCAAGUAGCUGGGAUUAUAAGUACCUACCACCAUGCUUGGCUAAUGUUUGUACUUUUAGUAGGGACAGGAUUUCACCAUGUUGGCCAGGCUGGUCUCAAACUCCUGACCUUGUGAUUCACCUGCCUCAACCUCCCAAAGUGCUGGGAUUACAGGCGUGAGCUACUGUGCCCGGCUGGCUGUUUACUAUUCUUACGGUUUCAACUACUCAUUUUCUACAGAGAACUCAAAUCUAGAACCCUGGCCAUUCCCUCUCAAUAGUUCUCUCUGUAUAUAUGAACAGACAUUGACUCUAGCUCCAUCUGUGUGUCUACCUACCUACUAUCUACCUAGUCUUCCCAAACUAGAUGUUUCUCUAAAUUGUCUUAUAUGGUUCAUUUUUCACAGCUUUGUCCCUCAUUUUCAUUUCAUUUCUUUUUUUUUUUUUUUGAGGCAGGGUUUCACUGCAGCCUCAACCUCCUGGGCUCAGUUGAUCCUCCCACCUCAGCCUCCCUAGUAGCUGGGACUUCAGGCAUGUGCCACCAUGCCCAGCUAAUUCUUUUAACUUUUUGUGGAGACUGGGGUAACACCUAUCUCACAGAAUUAAUUGAGUUUAUUGCGAAGAUUUCACAAGAGAAUAGUGCCAAGUACUUAACACAGUGCGUGGCACAUAGGACUCAGUAAAUGUUUACUCAAUAAAGGAACCAUAUUCCAGGUUACCCAAACUCAGAAUAUUAGAGUAAUUUUUUGCUUGCCUCUCUUAUAUUCAGUGAGCCUUACUGAUUUUUACAAUCAUCAAAUUUUAGAAAUCUGUCUUUCCUGGAUUUUUUUUUUGGUUUGGGUUUUUUGGUUUGCUUUUUUGAGACAGGUUGGCUGUCACCCAGGCUGGAGUGCAGUGGUAUGAUCACAGCUCACUGCAACCUCUGUCUCCUGGACUCAAGCGAUCCUCCCACCUCAGCCUCUUGAGUAGUUGGGACUACAGGCAUGUGCCACCAUGCCUGGCUAAUCUUUUUUGUAGAGAUAGGGUCUCACUAUGUUGCCCAGGCUGGUCUCAAACCCCUGAACUCAAGCAAUCUUCCUGCCUUGGCCUCCCUAAUCAUAACUGGCCAGUGUUGUUUUUAACAAUAUAUGAUAAAAGCCAACAUUUAUUCGGCACUGAAGUAUUUUACCCACAUUAGCUCAUUUAAUUUUUACAACAAACUCAUGAGAGAAGUGCUGUUACAAUUAAUCCGGAUUUUCAGAUAAGGAAAUAGCAGCUGAAAAAGUAAAAAUAAUUUGCUCAAAGAGAGCCAGGGCUUAAAUCAGGUCUUUCUGAUGCAGACCAUGCUCUUCACCACCACAAAGUUCCAUGGUACUUUCUCUCCCUCUCCUGUCUCUGCUGUGCGCUCACACACACACACACACACACACACACACACACAGGGAGGAACAAAUGAGAUCAUUCACAUGAAAGCACUUUCAUUUCUCAGAUUUAAGGGACUGUGGUUUUUAUCUAGGUUGACCAUUCAAGCUAAAAACUGGGGACCAGAAAAAUGGACUAAAGCUUGGGUUUCAUUUCCAGACCAGUGUUCAUCCUCGAAGUUGAUGAAACUCUAUAGAUUUCCCUCUUGAUUGCUCCUGCUUACAUGGAUAUUCCCAAUGCAAAUAUUGCUGACCACUGUUUUGAUGUUUACAUGCUACAUUACAUUGAUAUUUUACUA